CAUAUUUGAGAAAGAAGGACAUCUUUACUAAAAGUUACAAGGAACUGAGUGAAACCUUUGUGAUUGUCUGCUGAGCUCCAGGUUAAAGUCUCCCGGGGUCAGGGCCUGUACAGCACAAGCUGCCAUGACAGACACCACCGCCUGAGCUUCUCAGUGACACCCUAUGACAGGGGAGGAUGGGUGAUGGGCCCGUGAAAUUCAGCGGACUCUCUCCUCCUUAUCCCAUGCUCUCAUGGAGCGUCCUGUCACACCGAGCCCCUCCUGGAACACUUCUCUCUCCGGCCUCCCCACGUUUCCAGCCUCACUGCACCCGAAUAUCUCUAACGUUACCCUGCCCAUCGCAAUCAUCCGAGGUGGGGUUGAUCUCAGCCUGUCCUUGGCGCUGUGUGCUAUGCUCAUCAUGGAUGUGCUGGCAGUUGUGGGGAAUCUGGCCGUGAUGAUUGUCAUCACCAAAACUCCGCAGCUGCGCAAGUUUGCCUUCGUGUUCCACCUCUGUCUGGUGGAUCUGCUGGCAGCGCUGGUGUUAAUGCCUCUGGGGAUGCUGUCAGACCGAAUCCUGGUGGACGAGGCGCUGUGUCGGAGCUACCUCUGCUUGAGUGUGUGUCUAGUCAGUGCUGCCAUUCUCACCAUAUGUGCCAUCAACGUGGAGCGCUACUACUACGUUGUCCACCCCAUGCGUCACGAGGUCAAGAUGACAGUGGGGGUGGUGGUGAUGGUACUCGUGGGAAUCUGGAUUAAAGCCAUUGUCAUGUCAGUGCUGCCUCUCCUGGGAUGGCUGCUUCAGGGGAACCAGGGUCUGGGGACUCCUUCAGUUCUCAUUCAUGGUCAGAGACACUGCUCCCUCCAAUGGAUGGGAGGCAGGACCACAAGGCUGCUUUUCAUGGUCUUCUUUACAUUCAUCUAUUUUCUGUGCCCCAUGCUGAUCAUACUGGUGGUCUACUGCAACAUGUUCAAGGUGGCACGAGUGGCGGCCAUGCAGCACGGCCCCCUCCCGACUUGGAUGGACACGCCGCGACAACGGUCCGAGUCCAUCAGCAGUCACUCCACCAUGGCAGCUAGCCUCGGUGGAACUGGUGCCCGCAACACCCCUCAAAGGACCUUCAGUGGCGGUAAGGCCGCGGUGGUCCUGGUGGCAGUGGGAGGCCAGUUCCUCUGCUGCUGGCUGCCAUAUUUCUCCUUCCAUCUCUACUCGGCCGUGGCGUCUACCACUCCCGCCUCCCUGGCCCAGCUGGAGGACGUAGUCACAUGGAUUGGCUAUUUUUGCUUCACCUCCAACCCCUUCUUCUACGGCUGCCUGAACCGGCAGAUUCGCGAGGAGCUGGGCCGCCACCUGGCCUGCCUUUUUAAGCGGGCUGGGCCCAGCGAAGCAGAGCAGCUGCCCAGCCGCGAGGCCUCUAUUGAGGAGAACUUUUUGCAGUUCCUUCAGGGCACUGGAUGCAAUCUGGAGCCCUGCAAUUCUCACAGCAGAGUCAGCCCAGAGGAGCCAGAGACUGAGGGCCUUCAGGAAUCAGCUGUUCAGCACAACACGCCAGCUGACUUCCACAUCCCAGGGCAGAUCCUUGAGGAAACCUCAGAGUUCAUACAGCGGCAACAGCUGAACAAUGAGCUACAUGUAUCAGACAACUGCUGCAAAACUGUACCAGAGCUGUAG